UGAGAGAUGUAUAUGGCAGGGAUCACCCGAUCUGAUGUAUAUGGCUGAUAGGGCGUUGAUUAGAGAGAUCAAAUAUGUUAUUUCCUCGACAAUAAUCUUAUAAAUUGAUUUCUUAUAGUUGCGUAAGCUUCAGUCCUUCAAAAAAAUAGAGAAAAACCGCCGAAUAUUUGAAACUAAUCAGUGCAUAAGGUUGUGUAAUUAUUUUAUCUAACAGUAAAUCAAACAUUGAUAACGUAAUUAAGCUAUCAGUAAUCUAGAAUGCCUAUUUUAAUACCUGAUCUCAUCUUUUUGCCGUGAUGGAAUUUGUUUAGAAUAAUAAUAAUAUCAAAAUGUAUUAUAAGUUGAUGGUUUUAAUAGUUUUUAGGUUUAUCGUCCACAGUUUCACGUUAAGUAAUAUCGAUUCACAAUUGAAAAUAAUUGGCGGAUUAUCUGUAAGAAGUAGAAGUGAUUUUCCUUAUCAGGUGUCUUUAAGGUACAUUGGACAUCACUUAUGUGGAGGAUCGAUUAUAAGCAGGAAUUUAAUACUCACAGCAGCUCAUUGUUGUUUCCAUGAGAAAAAGCUGCUGAGAAGACACAACUUGAAGGUUGUCGCUGGAGAUUUGAAUAUAAGACGUAUCUCCAAUAAAACUGAACAUAGAGAAGUAUCUGAAGUCUUUGUCCAUCCAGGGUAUAAUGAAGAACUAAUAGAAAACGACAUAGCUUUGUGGAAGGUUUCUUCUGACUUUAUUUGGAAUGAGGAUAUACAGCCUAUUGAUAUCGCAUAUAAAAAGUUUAAUGCUUAUACUCGCUGCAAUAUUUCAGGAUGGGGUGUUACGAAUACAACAAUCAACGCAGUUAGCAGUAACUUGAAGUUUGUGGAAGUGCCACUAAUAUCAAGAUCUAAGUGCCAGAAGUUCUACCCAGAAAUUGUUCGACUGAACGUUAUUUGUGCAGGUUCAACGGGAAAAGAUUCUUGUCAGGGCGACUCAGGAGGACCUUUGGUGUGCAACAAAACCGUUGCCGGGAUUGUAUCCUAUGGUGAAGAAUGUGGAAUCUAUCCAGGAGUUUAUACAGACGUAUACGCUUAUAGAUACUGGAUCAAGAAUAUGAUAAGAGCGCAAAAUUCUGGUUUACGUAUUGCUCAUAAUUAUUUCCUCAUUUUAGUUAUACUAUUUGUAUCGAUUUUCUGUCGAAUAAUCAAUCAGAUUUGAUGUGGUUUUCGUUUUUUUUUUGGUCGGAUUUUUACCAAGGUCUUGACUCUUGAGAAAACACCAACAUCUGCGUUGAUAGAUUUUUAGAAGCAUUUAAAUUAUAUGCCUGAAAAUUGAAGUAAAAACGGUUAAGGAACGCAAGUGUGCAAUGAAACUUUUUGGUGAGACCAGAUUCUAUUUUAUUUUUACCUUCAUUUUAAUAAAAAACAUAUAACUCAGUCACAUAUAAAACAUACUUAUUUUCAAUCAUGUAGAUACAUUUCACAUCUUCUGAAGGAACUGAUAAAAUCCUAAAGAAGUUAUGGAUGAAUCAUAAAUAGAAAACAAGUUCUCAGCAUUUUUCUUUCAGAGUUUUCAGCACUAAUUUAGUCAAUUCAAACUCUUCAUCUGAUAUCUUUUCUAUUACGUUAAAAUGAUCUAUGUUUUUCAAAAUCAAUAAACUGGAUGUUAUAUUUUGA